UUUCGUUUUUUGGGGAUAAGGACGAUGAGGCUGAGAAUUGGUGUUUGAAUGCCCCCGCCAAGGAAGCGCUCGGCGGCGGCGGCGGCUGCACCUUUAAGAGAAGGGAGGGACCCCUCUUUCGCCCGGAGAGCAACCAGGAAGGGAGUUCACGGCAUCAUACGGGGCUUUGCAUCUACUGUUACAGGCAGGGCAGGCAGGCAGGCGGGCGAGCAAGGCACAGCCAGCCAGCCAGCCAGCCAGAGCGGGAGGCCGGACGCGCCUGGCUGCUGCUGCCCGUCCACCCCCCACCCCUUCCCUUCCCCGACCCUCCGCCUCCGCCUGCAACCAACCCCCCCAAAGACCCCCGCGCGGACCAAGAAGCCCUCUAGUGCCAGCAUGGAGGGGGGUGUGGAUGGCCCCAUUGGGAUCCCCUUUCCCGACCACAGCAGCGACAUCUUGAGCAGCCUGAACGAGCAGAGGAACAACGGCCUGCUUUGCGACGUGGUGAUCCUGGUGGACGGGCAGGAGUUCCCCACCCAUCGCUCGGUCUUGGCGGCCUGCAGCCAAUACUUCAAGAAGCUCUUCACCUCAGGGCUGGUGGUCGACCAACAGAACGUGUACGAGAUUGACUUUGUGGACGCGGACGCCCUCUCUGCCUUGCUGGAAUUCGCCUACACCGCCACUUUGACCGUCAGCACUUCGAACGUCGGCGAGAUCCUCAACGCCGCCAAGCUGCUAGAGAUCGAGGCGGUGAGGGACGUCUGCACGGAUCUCCUGGACCGGAAGAUUCUGGCCAAAACGGACCAGAUGGAUACAGUAGAUCAAAUUGAUCAAAGAAACCAUCUCCGAGCAAAAGAAUACCUGGAGUUUUUCCAGAGUAAUCCCAUCAAUGGCCAACAGGGCAACUUUUCAUGGACCAACCAAGACUUGAGAGACCUUCAGAGGCUCACCUUCCGUGGCCGAGAGGAGGACGAAGAGCCGGAUUGCAACGGCAUGGACUUCUACUCGCAGGCCGCCCUCAGUGACAGACCAAAGGCAAACGACUGUGAUCUCGAUGCCAAGCACGCCAUGUGGGACGAGGACGAGGUGACGGGUCAGGGACCCUUGUUCCCCGCUUCUCAAAAUGGACAAUUCAGCGGGCGUAGCCUGCCGGUGUCCUUGGGGGAGGAUGAUGUACCAGCGGGCAUUCAGUUGGACCAGCAGGAGGUGGGAGAUUCUCCAGCGUUUGCUUCCGGCGGACCCGAGCGAGAAGAGGACCCCCGAGAAGUGGACGGCUUGGCCGCCAGCGCGCUCCUGCAGCAAAUGAUCAAUUCGGUGGGACGACAACAGCUGGCCGAUGAGGACCGCAAGGACGACGACGGAGUCAUGGAUUAUUACUUGAAUUAUUUUAGCACUUCCCAGGAGGGCGGCGAAUAUCCGUCCUGGUCUCAGAAGGUGGAGAAGAAAAUCCGCGCAAAAGCAUUCCAGAAAUGUCCCAUCUGCGAGAAAGUGAUCCAAGGAGCCGGCAAGCUCCCACGCCAUAUUCGAACCCACACCGGCGAGAAGCCGUAUGAGUGUAACAUUUGCAAAGUUCGGUUUACAAGGCAAGACAAGCUGAAGGUCCACAUGAGGAAACACACUGGGGAGAAGCCCUAUUUGUGCCAGCAAUGCGGGGCCGCCUUCGCCCACAACUACGACCUGAAAAAUCACAUGCGCGUCCACACGGGUCUCCGCCCUUACCAGUGCGAGAGCUGCUUCAAGACUUUCGUCCGAUCCGACCAUUUACAUCGGCACCUUAAAAAAGAUGGCUGCAACGGCAUCCCUUCCCGCCGGGGGCGCAAACCCCGGGUGAGAGAAGCGGCCGUCGCCCCGGUCCCGAGUUCGAAUCCCGACGACAGCCUGGCGGGGGGCGAGGAGGCCGAGGAGACGCAGGGGCCCGCCGCGCCCCAGGACGAGUUAGAACAGCACUUUGAAGAUAAUUUGAACGCCCACGCGGCGUCGGGAAGUUUGAAUGUAGCUGGGGGGAUUGUCUGAGGGGGAUUUAAAAAAAAAAAAACCACGAGGACUUUCCUAAACCAAAAAGAAAAAGAAAAAAAAAAGUGUCACAAAAUCUAGUUAUAACUUUCCUCCGGUUCCUCUUGAGAGAAAAAAUAUAUAUAUAUAUGGUUUCUUCACUAUUAUUAUUUUUUUUUUUGGACAAAAACGAAACAAAAACUAAAGUCAGAAUAGCCUUAUAGCUGUAUAAUUAAUGUAUCUCUGUUUUGUGAUCUUCCCACUCAGUUAUGAACUCUUGUUAGCUGCGGAUGAAUUUUAAAACCCGGUCCCUGCCUUGAAAAGAAGACCACCCAGCGAUCAAGGUUUUGAGCUGGGGGUCGGGGGGGGGUGUUAAGGGGAGUUAGAGAGAAUAGGUCUGCAAAACGUGAAACGAAGCUUCCAGAAUUUGUCUUAGUUUUUAAGUUUUAAAACUAUAUAUAUAUAUAUAUAUACAUACAUAUAUAUUAUAAUGGCCUUAUUUUUAGGUAUUUUAGAAGCCGCUGUUCCAAAGGGACGCAACGUAAGGGGGUCAGUAAAUUGGCUGACAUAAAAAGAUAACAAAGGAAGCUUUAGGGGGGAAAUAUAUAUAUAUAUAUAUCUCCGUUUCUUCCCAAUCAUGCCCCCCUUCCCCUCCUCCCCACCUUCUAAAAUUCUCAUUUUUUUUUUCUACAAAGCUGUUUGAAGAGUUUCCUCUUCAGUCAAAUCAAAGUUCUUAAGGCUGUCGGCAGAGAAUUUCGGGCCCGUUUUUAAAAGUUUGGUGAAGGGGCACCAAAUGCCUUUAAGCUUUCGGUGUUUCGUAGAAAAAAACGGGGUUUCAACAUUUAUUGGGCACGACUCUCAAAUGUCAGGUUUUGGGACAGGAUGUGAGCCUGUCCAGCAGGGAAAAGCCAAAUUGGUGUCCUUAAAUUUCUUACAAUCUGGGUUCCCCACGUAGUGUUAGGUGGGCCAAAGGAUUUACAAGGGCUUGCCUUUUGGAUUAUUUGUGAUCAAACAAACCACAGUUGCCCUCAACAGUUGUAACAAGCCACGAUUUCCAAGACUGAUGCUUAAGACUAUUUCCUUAAAAUCUCGUUCUUCGUGGAAAAUCCCUUCCUCCGUUGGGGUGACCAAACGAAGCCGUGCUUUAACUGGUACUGAAAGUUCCAGUACAAAGUUGAUCUUUCCCGUCUUCAAAGAGCAUCUUUUUUGGUCCACCGCCGAGAUCUGCGGAAGGGGUCUCGCGGCUUGGCUCGAUUGCAUGAGCCGGGCGUUGGGCUCUUCCGAUUAUUCCCCCCCCCCCUCUGACCCACACUCCCUCAGAGGCUGGUACAAAUAUUUCAAUCUUCUUGUACGUUGGAACGUGGUCCUUGAAUCAGUCGGCAUCCCAGAGCCUCGAGCCUCGAGACACUUCCAACUUCAGAGGUUCUACCAAAUCCUCCAGACGUCCCGAUAUCACUGGAUGGUGAUUAGUUUCGUUUAGGCAGGGCCGCCUUGCCUUCAGGCCCUGGCUUGCGAAGGAAGAGCGGUAAUAUUUGGCGGGACCUCCCCCAAAAUCUCGUGGGUUGGACACAGAGUUAGACCUCGGGGACACUUCAAUUGGGGAGAAACCUGGGCUGCCCCCCCAAAGCUGUCACACGGAUUCCGGGGUGGGGUGUGUGUGUGUCUUGAUUUUUCUAGGCCAGGGCGAAAGGUGGGCUUUUGUACCUCAAAUUCUCCCCUUUGUCUUCUCUGCCUUCAGCUUUUUCUAAACACCUUCUCUCUACCCCAUUAAAGCCCGAAAUGAGCCAAAUGGGGAAAUAUUUGCCCAGCGAUGGCUUUGUAAGAAAAAUGAGGUUUUGUUCCUGUCAUAAAUUAAACCUUAGUUAAUUCAGGGAAGAAAAAGUAGGUAAUUUUCCCCACCCUCACCCUUUCUCUCCCAAUUGUGUCCCUUCCUUUUUUUAUAUGCUCCCUCGUUCUGGGAACCUUAGAUAGCUAGAUUCGCACUUAAGGGUAUCCAUUUGGAUCGCGGUAAGGUUUGGGGUCCAAAGUUGACUUUGGGGUAAUUAAUGAAAUCUCUUCCUAUUAUCCUCUCGUGUUAGUAGAAGCAAUUGUCUAGAUAAAGUAGUAGCUGUAUCAAAAAAAAAAAAGAUUUAUUAGACACAGCUCCCUUUAAGCUAAAAAAUAUAAAUAAAUGAACUAAGGGCACCUUUUAGCCAUUUCUGAGUUUUUUAAAAUGCACAGUUUAAAAAUGAUAUAUAUAUAUAUAUAUAUAUAUAUAUAUAUAUAAAGAGAGAAGAAUUUUAGUCUUAUUUUCUUUUUCUUUUCUUUUUGUUCUUUCUUUGUUCUUUCUUUUUUGGCAAGCACUUUUUAGAUUUCCUUUUUAAUAUAAAUGUAUAUUAAAAAAAAAGAUGAACCGUUUGGCCGAAUGUAAUUAAAUAGGGGAGCAUGUGUGGUAUGGAGAGGAUUUAUAUUAAAAAAAGCAGACUUGGGUGGAAAAAGAUGGAUGUUUUAUUUAAUACAAAAAAAAAGCAAUAAAAAACACACAAAAAAAGAUUAGAAACAAAGAAGUCUUAGCACUUUGAAAUGGAACGGGUACUUUAAAAUCACUUUAUCUUAAUUUAAAAGAAAAAAUAUAUAUCUAUAUAUCUAUAAAAAAGAAAGAAACAAAUAUGUUUACAUGUUGAAACCAUCUUCUACGGAGAGAAAUUUAUUGUUGUUUAUUGUUUUUAUUAAAAUAAUUCCUAAAAUUGAAUUUAUUUUUAUAAGAGAAAAACAAAUAUGUAUAUAUAUAUAUAUAUCUAUAUAUUUGCAAAGACAGAGAGAGAGAGAGAGAGAGAGAGAGAAAGAAAGACAGAAAGAAAAAGACUCAAAUGGUAUUUUUCCAUUUUGGUUUGUUGGCUUGAUAGGGAAACAGAAGCAAAAAGAGAGGAUUGGAUUUAAUUAGAUUCUGUGACACGCCACAAAAUUUAGGCAGAUAUAUAAAAAGCAAACCUCGAAUGUGGUUUGCACUUCAGAAAACAAUAUAUAUAUAUAUAUAAAAAUGGAAGCUUGAAUUUUUAAGCAGGAAUCAUGGGGGGGGGGAGUUUGUGUAUGUUUAUUUUAUUUUAUUUUUCCCUUCUUUCUUUCUUUUGUCGUUCUGGUUUUGUAUACAUGUCUCAUUGCCGGUGCUGGGCUUGUGCGUUCCGCAACUGCGACGUGGGUCUUGGGAGUGUCUCGGCGUUUGGGCUGACCAAGAGAUGUCAAUCUGGCCGCUGCAGAGUGAAGUAAGGCCAGGAUUAAGAGUCCAGGCCUUGUAAACUGUCGGGAGGGGUUUCCCAUAAAUCCGCCUCGCCAUAAUCUUCCUCGUUCCGCUGCGUCACUAAAAUGAUGACCUGCCGGUUUUCCUUUCCAGCUUGUAAAAGGCGGGAAAUAUUGGCAACCCGAGAAUUGAGGGUCUCUCUCUUUCUUCAUCAAGUAUGUAAGUCUAAAGGUAUUUCUCAACCUAAGGGCCAGAGGAGAAAAACCUCCUGAAAAACCAUCCCAAAAUAUCCCCUCCAAAUUGACGUAUUUUUCGCCGGGACGGCCAAUUCACCCUGAAAAUUCAGGCCGAGCACAAAUCCGAAAGCGCGCUUCAGCGGCCAGCUGAACAUCUUCUGACCUGCCCUAUUGACCCACCUAGGCCCAGGGGUCGCCCGACGUGGUCCCUUUAACACUUGUGGACUUCGACUCCCAGAAUUCCUUAGCAGGGGAAUUCUGGGAGCUGAAGUCCACAAGUCUUAAAAGUGGUCAAGUCUGGAGACAUGCCUGACCUAGAUUUAAAAAAAAAUAAAAAUGAAGGGGUGAACGGGAAGGGGGGAUCCGUUUUUAAAUUUUUGGACACGUCAAGUUCCCGGGGUCCAUUUUGUCCUCUCUGUUUUGUUGUUGUUGUUUUUUCCUCCUGCACCAUUGUAGUCCGUUUUGAGGGGAGGGGUAACCGACGGUCCCGGGGGGACUUGGACAGACGUGUUCCCUUCUCCCUCCACCCCGUCCUCCACCUUCUCUUCCACAGAGAUCUUUGGCUUCGCACUGAUUUUCAAUGAUUGCAUAUGCAAAAAUUAGCGUGGACUUUGUAAAUAGGUAGAUACAUGAGAUUCCUUAUAGUAACCAAAAGUUGUGGUUUUUUCCCUCCCAGGUUGUUUUUACACCCCUGUCUCCAUGACUGUUUUCCUAGUUGUGUGUCCUUCUUUCUCUCUCUCUCUCUCUCUCUCUCUCUGUUUGCCCCUUCCAAAGCCCCCUCACAAUUGAUGAAAA